GCGAAUCCCUUUGCCACUUCUCUGUAAAGCAGACCUCUCUCUCACUCUCUCUCUCAAACAAAACAAAAACCAGAAGUUCCAGCCUUUCCUCACUUCUCCAUUGCCAUUCUCUCUCUGUCUGAAGAAAAUGGCAAAUCUGGAAUCUGAAAUCUCACCAGAGCCAAACGCAAAUCCAUCCAAAACACGAUUUAGAAGAAAACAGAAACAGAACUCAAUCCUCCAAAACCCACUAAUAUCUUCUUCUUCUUCAUCAUCUUCUCGUCCUCUGCAAACUACCACCACAUGCAAAUCCUCAAUCUCCUCUCUCUUCCUCUCCACCUUCUCUCCUUCUUCGUCUUCUUCUUCUAAGAAGACGAUCUUCACUUCCGCGACUUUCCGCGGGCUGGGAUGCGCGUCGCAUGCGGAGGUUUCGGCGCCGGCUGCUGCCGCUGUAAGAUCCUCGGCCGAUUGGCAGGCGAAGAGGGUCAGGAAGAAGAAGCAGAGGAGGAAGAAGCAACCGUCGGGGUCGUCGUCGUCUAACACUUCGGGGCCGGCGGUCGUUGUACCGGACGUGUGGUGCUCGCCUGGAAUUGGGUUCGUGGCGGACGAUGCGGCUGUGGAUUGCGUCGUGGCGAGGCGGGCUGCUGCAGGGACGAGAGGGAGGGCAGAUGGUGAGAGGAAUCAAGGAGAGCGUCCGUGCAUUGUGAGGCGGAGCAGCAACCUAGAACACCUCUCCAGCUUGGACUCUCCAUCUGCUUUUGAAACACGCCGAUCUGGACCUGAUCUACUGCCUGCUGGACACUAUCGUCAUCCGCGAGGAUUUCACCGUUCUCCUGGAGGUCUUGCAGAGAUCAUGAUGCUACAAACUGGCUUCCUGUUGGGUGGACCGGAUGGAUAUGACAGAUACAGGGAUUGGCGGCUUGAUGUUGAUAACAUGUCAUAUGAGGAAUUGCUUGAGCUAGGUGAUAGAAUUGGGUAUGUGAACACUGGGUUGAGAGAAGAUGAGAUCUUCAGCUGCCUCCGGAAAAUGAAGCACUCGAUCUUGGAUGCUUUGCCGCCCCAUCUAUCCACUGGAAUGGAAUGGAAAUGUAGCAUUUGUCAGGAGGAAUACGAAGCGGACGAUGAGGUCGGGAAGCUCGAGUGUGGUCAUGGAUACCAUAUUUACUGCAUAAAGCAGUGGCUUCUGCAGAAGAAUGCUUGCCCCGUCUGCAAAGCUGCUGCUGCUGAUGCCGCUCUAUAGAAAAAUACAAGUGAUCAGACCGUUGAUCUGGUGGACACCAACCAACGUGAAUUGGGAUACCCAAGAAGUUCACAUCUUGGAAGUUCUUAAUCUUUUGGUAUUUGGUCUCUGUUGUUAUGGAUCAUUGCUGUGUUCUAUUCAUAGACCGAAUACUAUUAUUGAAAGAGGAGUGCGUUCAGAAUGUUGCUGUAAUGUGGCAUGAAGGCAUCAGUUGAGUUGAAUCCACUGUCUGACAGACUCUCAGUCUCGUGCCUUCCAAAUGUGGUUGCAAGCAGUCACUAAUGAAAAUUUUCAGCUUGUUGUGCAAUGGGUCAGUUAUGGUUCGUUGUCGCUGUACCCACACACGGCCCUUUUGUGAGCUGCCCAACAGGUGGGACCUACAGUCGAUGCCCCUUUGGUGGAAGAACCAUUCCCAUCCAAUAAUGGUACCUACCUGCUACUGACUAUUAAAUAAUGAGAGAGGGAUGCCAUGCCUCGAUCCUUUCCGUGGAGAAGUUGCUUUCAGCAAAACCACUAAAGCAAGGCAAGGCUGGUGCUUUUUGAGUAAUCCAUGAUGGACAGUGGAUGUUUUGAUUUGAUGAUAAUACAGUCAGUGUGAUUUUGAGUGAAUGGACAGUUCAAAUCGCUGAUUGGGUUAUGGCAUGUGUUAUUUACAAGCUUUGAAAGCAUAGCUAACGGCCCAAUGAAGCAUGUUAUUAUAGGUAAGGUGGUUGCUGGGCCUGUUCUGAUCAAAAUGUCUGAUUCGGGACCAAGUCUGCUGAAGGGCUGGAGUCCAUGCCUGUGCAGCUUGGGACGAGUUCCAUGUGACUGGACUGAGUUGCCUCGGGCUCGGCUGGGUCUGAUCUGGUUCAAUAGCAAGUUACUGUCUAUAAAGUUGGUAAGCUGCUUAGGUACUGUUCAGCUUGCACAUAAACCCAAUGUUAUGUAUUUGUUUGACAUCCAAACCCUUCAAAUGGUUGGACUCACCAUGAAUAUCACCUAACUUAUCCAAAAUGUUGGCCCCACCAAGAGGAUCACUUGGUGCUAAGACUGGGCCAACCGCUUAUUAGGUUGGCUACACCUAUAUUUAGAGAUUGGAUAGGUGGCGAUCGAUUGUUUUUCUACAGUGACCCACCUGAUGAUGAGUGGAUGGACUCAAUUUCAAUUGUUUUCUAUGGUGUGACCCACUUGAAAAUGA